GAAGAAGAAACCUUCUGCAACUUUUUCUUUGCUCUCAUUCGGCAGUCAUUUUUUGCAGGAAAAUGUCUAAGUUGCCACCAUCUGGUCGAGGACCAACCAAACGUAAGCGACCAGCAACUCUAGUGCCCAGAUUUGUGAGUCGUGUGCCAUCACCAUCCACUCCAUCAUUUGGUUCCUCGUCAACUACUCCACCAUCAUCCACUCCAUCACUUGGUUCAUCGCCAACUACUCCCCAAGUUGGCUCAUCAUCUACCACUCCACCACGUGAUUUAUCACAAUCUACUUCAUCACCCAAUACCUCCACUCAUGCCGGUACUGAUACAACUGUCUCAAAUAAUAAUUCUGAUCAACCACUACAUGUUAUUGGGUCUAUAGCGGCAAACGGUCGUUUGUGCAUUGGAGUUAAAAAAAAGCAAUUACUUCCUUCAGAAGAAUGUUCCCGAAAGAUUACUUCUCUUUUCAAGGAAAGGGUUGAUCCUGAUGGUUACUCAUGGGCUAACUUAAGUGAAGAUAUAAUAAAGUUUUAUUGGGAUGAGUUUAAGAAGCAUUGCUAUUGGAAUCCUAUAAUAGAAUCUUCAAUAAAGGCAGCGUGGACUUCAAAAGCUAAACAAAGAUAUUCCAAUUAUCUCAGUAAUAUGAAAACAGGAAGAUGUCAGAAGAAUUCAUCAAUCACUCAAGAAGUUUUGGAUAGUUGGAUGACUAUGUGGAGUAGUGAAGAAUUUCAGAAGAAAUCUAAUCAAAGCAAAAAAAAUAGGCGUCAAGGUGAAUUAGAGAAGCC